AUGUCCUCCUCAAACGAGACCGAAGGAGCAGGUGUUUCUGCGCAGAACAGAGGCUCCUGGACCGCUUUCCUGAAAUCCAUCGCAUCUUUCUCUGGGGACUUAUCCUCACUCACAGCCCCACCGUUCAUCCUAUCCUCCACAUCGCUUGUCGAGUUUUCGUCCUACUGGGCUGAACACCCCUCAAUCUUCGUUGCGCCGGCCCAGGAAAAGGAUCCCCAGAAGCGGGCACUCUUGGUGUUGAAAUGGUUCCUGAGCACGCUGAAGCAGCAGUAUGCGAGUCGUAGUGAGAAGUUUGGUAACGAGAAGAAGCCUCUGAAUCCCUUCCUUGGAGAACUCUUCUUGGGUAAGUGGGAGGAUGAGGCGGGUACGACAGAGCUGGUCUCGGAGCAAGUGAGGUGCGCAUGCGCUCUUUUAUGUACUCAUCUGAGCGGAAUGUUGGCAUGCUGACAGUUGUACUAGCCAUCAUCCCCCAGUCACUGCUUACAACAUCUCGAAUGAGAAGCAUGGAGUCUAUCUGCAGGGCUACAAUGCGCAAAAGGCAUCCUUUGCCCGAACCAUCUAUAUCAAGCAAAUCGGACAUGCUGUCUACUCGAUACCUGCCUUUGACGAAACCUAUCUUAUCACCCUGCCAAACCUGCAUAUCGAGGGCUUAAUUUUUGGAUCGCCUUUUGUGGAGCUUAAUGAUAAGACGUACAUUACGAGCAGUUCUGGAUACACGGCCAAGAUUGAUUACAGUGGAAAGGGUUGGUUGUCCGGAAAGAAGAAUAGUGUCAUCGCUACUCUGUACCCAACUGGCAAGGAGAAGGAGACACUUUACACCAUCAGUGGACAAUGGACUAAAGCUUUUGAUAUCACCGAAGGAAGUGGCAAGAAGAGUGGGCACAUUGAGACUUAUGAUGCAGACAAAUCCAAGACUACACCUCUACAGAUUGCGCCCAUCGAAGAACAAGAUCCUAUGGAGUCAAGAAGGGCAUGGGCUAAGGUGGCUGCUGGAAUUGCAGUGGGAGAUAUGGAUGUCACAGGAGAAGAGAAGACCAAAAUCGAGGUUGCACAGCGAGAGUUGAGACAGAAGGAGAAGGCAGAGGGUCGGGUUUGGGAAAGGAGAUAUUUCAGUUUGGUAGAGAGUGACAGGGUGUUGGAAAAACUAGCACCUGCAAUCUCCUAUAUUCCGGAACCUGAAAAGACAGGCGGAAUUUGGAGAUUCGAUGUGGCAAAGGCACAGAAGGUAGCGGCUGCUAAGGAGGCUCCGAAAGUGGAUGCGGAAUUGAAGUGAAGGGUCGAGUUGAAAUUGAAAUUAUGAUACGAAGCACAAAAAUCCCGGAGUCGGAUCAUGUCUUGUAUCGUUGGCGUUGAGGGUCUAGCCAGACGGAGAACCCAAAGAAGAAAUACUAGCGCCUUUUUGCGCCCAAGUGUCAUUUUUCAAGGUUCCCAUUGCAUUGUAACAGUAGACUAAUUCACAUCCAAUUUUGAUGGGCCGAAGGGUUGUUAUAGAGAGUCAAUUGCACCAUUCACUUACAUUGGUUGAUCUGCAACCCAAUGCAACCCCUGAUUGGGUUCAGUG